CCAUUCACGAUCGUGAGCCGAUAAAACUGAACUUUCUUCCUUCGGUCGUUAAACUCGAGAGUGUAAUUUUCAACGAACCCCAAAAAGAAACUAACUACAUACUUUUAUCGAUUCGAUGUUGUACAGGAUCGAACGUUCAACGUCGUUCGACAUGAAAGCAACUUCAAAGCGAAAGGGAAAGGCAAUAUUAAAGCAAGUCCCACUGACCGUCUUUAAUAACGAUGACGUCAAAAUUGCGUUUAAAUAAUUUCCAUACCUUUGACAAACUCGUACCUAAAAUAUUAACAUCAAUAACUCGAGGAACCUUCGAAGUAUAGAAACGUAGAAAAGUUCAAAGUCGAAAAGCUGUGAUCGGAUUGCGUGUACCUAAUGAGCUUUCUUGUAAAUUAAUACUUUUCGAAAUUCCUAACUAAGAAAGGCGAGCGAGUUUGCGCGAGUUUACGCCUUUCUUUUACGUAAAACGCGAUCUCUCUUACUUCCGGUGUCCUUCGCAAGCUCGCGCGGUAACAGGACGGAUUAACCUGCGCACCUGCGAAGAAACUCAGAGCUAUCGCGAAAGCUCGUAAACGCGCCAGUUAGAAUCUAGAUUUCGUCUAGAAUACAUCUCGACGAGCUUUUUCUAUUUUACACUUAAGUAACCGAUCCUUCGUGAUCUUGGACGGAAAAAGAAAAUAGAAAAAAUGAAGAGAUCGAUCAUUUUAAUGAUAAAAAGGACAAUCGUUUCGGCUACAGCGUGAUCGAUCGCAAGAUAAAUAAAGUUUCUUGCACGUCAUAACAUCCUCUUUUCAAUCCUAUGAGAUAUAUCAUGCUCCGGCAUGGCAGUAAAAUGCUUGGAAGGACCUUUCGUAUUCAGACUCAACGAGAACGGAGCAGGACCUCUUCUACUCGUACAGGUUUGCACGGAACGAGGAUGGAGGGAAUACGCGGGAGAAAAUAAUGUAUUCAAAGAUCGAUGGAAUUUAUGGUGGCGAUCCGGUGGUUUUCCUUUUACCCAAUUUAAACCAUUAUUUCCUUGGCAGUUCGUUAAUCGAAUACCAAAAGGAAAUUCGAUCUGUAGAAAGGACAAUCUCGUGCGUCAUUUAAAAUGCAUGAAAAAGGGCCACGGCUCGAUUUACGAUUUCAGUCCUGUAGGAUAUAAUUUGCCCUCGGAAUAUACGAAACUCGCGGAGGAUUGUAGUCGUUACGAGAAGGACGAUAGAGUUUGGAUUUGCAAACCGGUCAGCCAAAGCCAAGGAAGAGGAAUAUUUCUUUUCCGUAAAUUAAGCGAUCUCUCGUACAACAAUUCGGCCGUUGUACAAAGAUACAUAGAAAAUCCUCUUCUCAUCGGUGGCUACAAGUUUGACUUACGUCUUUACGUUUGCGUACCUUCUUAUCGUCCCUUGACGAUAUAUCUUUACAAGGAAGGUAUAGCUCGAUUUGCCACGGAGAAAUUUUCCUUGGAACGUUUAGACGAUCCCUUUCGUCAUUUAACGAACUUCUCCUUGAACAAGCUAGGCCCAGGAUAUUCGGAGAAAAAAGAACGCAUUGGUGCUGGAUGCAAAUGGACUUUGAGACAACUCAGACGAUACUUCGAGCAGGCUGGAUACUUCGAUUGGUUUCUUUGGCAAAGAAUAGCCUGUCUCGUGAGUUUAACGAUUAUAAGUCAAGCAGCUGGUAUACCAAGCUCUUCUAAUUGUUUCGAAUUCUUUGGCUUUGACGUGUUAAUCGAUGAAAAUUUAAAACCAUGGUUAUUGGAGGUAAAUCUUAGUCCAGCAUUAAGCAAUGAAUGUGAGAUCGAUUCGGAAGUGAAAAAACCAUUAUUACAUGAUUUGUUCGAUUUGUUGGGCCUUCCAGUCUGUAAUACUGGACUAUCGUUGUUUAAAAUCUGGUCUUACGAUCGUGUAGUAAACGAAGAGAACUCGUCUUCCAAACUUUGUGCGAAUCGUUCUACGAAGAAAAAAUCCAAAUUUAAUAGAAACGAUGGCACCAUCAUGAAUCUAUAUUCUGAAACACGUUCUGCCUAUAGGAAAUCGCCCUCAGAAAUGUGUCCGACUUCCUGGUCUCGUUAUAAUCCUUUAUUGAUGGACAAAUGCAUUCGACAUGACUUCAAAGGCAAUAACAUCGGCAAUCAUUCAUCAGGUUCGGUAUGGGAUAACGGUAGAGAUUGGAACGUUCCUUGCGUUCGAGAAGGCGGAUGGGUUCGCAUUUGUCCAUUAACAAGAUUAAAACAUUCCAAAAAUGCUGAAUUUUCACAAACAGAUGCACCACGUUCCAUUGAAAGAGAAAUCAAAGACACGAUUCUUUGUAUAAACAAGUACUUAAAAGCUGCCAAAGAUAUCCAUCGAGGAAACGAAAAACAAAGAGACGACCAAUAUAAUGCUCUUCUGCAAGCUUCGCUUAAUUUAAAUGCAGAAGUCUGGCUGCCAGAAAAGUAGAACAUAGAUAUUUGUCUUUAUACUUGGUAAGAAAUAUAUAUUUUAUGUUGCAAAUGGACAACACAUUCGUUUAAAGUUAAAUGCAGUUAACUGCUUUUGCCGAUCGAAAUCUUCUCUUGCAUAUGUGUUCAUUAAACUUACGAAAUAUUAAG